AUGGGGCACGUUGAAUUCUUCCCCCAUCCGUUGCCCUUGGCUAACCGCUGUCCCAGUGUCCCCAAGUUCUUCAGAUGGCUCUCAGAGCGCUAUCCGGCCAUUUCCCAAGUUAUUGCAGAAAAUCGGAUACCCGAAUUCGACUGCCUCUAUCUCGACAUGAAUGGCAUCAUCCAUAACUGCACCCACAAGGACGCCGGCGAGGAUGCGACAUUCCGCAUCAGCGAAGAGGAAAUGUUCAUACGAAUCUUCAACUACAUUGAGCAUCUGUUCGGCAAGAUCAAGCCUAAACAGCUCUUCUUCAUGGCCAUUGACGGUGUCGCGCCGCGUGCCAAGAUGAACCAGCAGCGAUCUCGCCGAUUCAGGACCGCUUUGGAUGCUGAAAAUGCGCGUGAAAAGGCCAUCAGAGAAGGCGUUGAAAUGCCCAAAGAGGAGCCCUUUGACAGUAAUUGCAUCACGCCAGGCACCGCAUUCAUGGCCAGGCUAUCCCAACAACUCCGAUAUUUCGUCAACAAGAAAGUCUCGGAAGACACCGAGUGGCAGGGCUGCGAGAUUGUGCUCUCGGGCCACGACGUCCCAGGCGAGGGAGAGCACAAGAUCAUGGAAUACAUUCGCAACGCCAAGGCGCAGCCAAACUACAACCCAAACGUACGCCAUUGUCUCUAUGGCCUGGACGCUGACUUGAUCAUGCUUGGACUACUCAGCCAUGAUCCGCAUUUCUGCCUUCUCCGUGAAGAAGUGACGUUUGGCCGAGCUUCUAAAACAAAAUCGAAGGAGCUCGAGCAUCAGAACUUUUACCUUCUUCAUCUCUGUAUCGUGAGAGAGUACCUGGAGCUGGAGUUCCAGGAAUUACAACAAGACGGUACCUUGGACUUCGCAUUUGAUCUCGAGCGGGUCAUCGAUGACUUUAUCUUGAUGGCUUUUUUUGUCGGAAACGAUUUCCUUCCGAAUCUUCCCGGACUUCACAUCAAUGAGGGAGCUCUAGCCAACAUGUUCAAGAUAUACAAAAGAGUUUUGCCAAAGUGCCAGGGCUUCAUCAACGAAAACGGGGUCAUCAAUAUGGAACGUCUGCGGAGUCUGUUGGACGAGCUCAGCAAGCUUGAGCUGAUUUCCUUCGAGAACGACGUUUCCGAUGAAAAGUGGUUUGCUUCUAAGCAGAUGGAGCAGCAACUGGCGGGAAAGAACGCAAUGAGCAGGAAGCCUCCUAGGAACAAUCAGCUUACCAUAAGCUCAUUCCAGCGAGACUUGUGGAAACAAAAAAUCCGACCUUUCGUCUCGAAUCGUUCGGAAGAGUCGUUGGACCUUGGCUCGAAUCUGAAAGCAGCAGACCGGAAAUUCAUCCAGGAUCUUGCCGAUGCCAUGCAUUUGGAAUGGUCAACCAAGGAGAAUGACAAGGACGAACGCAACCUCGUCAUUGCAUUUCCCGCCAGGAAUGGAGAUGACGACGACGAAGACGACGACGAGGGAAACUUAGCUGCGUGGCGUGUUAUCAAGACGUACGACAAAGCUCAGGUUGUUGACAGGACAUCAGAGGAUGCUCAGAAGCACUAUGAAAAGCUCUACCAGGACAAGUAUCAAGGCUGGAAGACCAAGUACUACCUGCAAAAGUUCCCCGAAUGGCCCGCGGACAAGUAUGACCAAGAGCAGACGGCGCUCUGCGAGAAUUAUGUCCAGGGCCUUCAGUGGGUCUUAUUCUACUAUUACAAGGGCAUCGCGUCUUGGCCCUGGUUCUAUGGCUAUCACUACGCGCCCCUCAUAUCAGAUGUCGUCAAAGGCCUCGGUGCCGAUCUCAACUUCAAAAAGGGCCAGCCAUUCAAGCCCUACGAACAGCUGAUGGGUGUCCUCCCCGAUCGCAGCAAGAAGAUUGUUCCCACGGUAUACCACGACCUGAUGACCAACCCGGGUUCCCCCAUCAUCGACUUCUAUCCCAGAGAUUUCGAGUUGGACAUGAACGGCAAGAAGAUGGAGUGGGAGGCCGUCGUCAAGAUCCCGUUCAUCGACGAAAAGCGCCUCCUUGACGCCAUGGCUUCCUGCAAUGAGCUCCUCACCGACGACGAAAAGGCCCGGAACGGGGUCGGCGUACCCCUCAAGUUCACAUACUCACAGGAUGUGAAUUUCACAUACGCCUCUCCGCUUCCGGGCAUCUUUCCAGACGUCCAAUACUGCCGCUGCAUCGAGAACAUAUUCGACUUGCCCGCCAUGGAGGGUCUCGAGCACUUGUCCGGCCUGACAGGUGGCGCCCUUCUCAACAUUGAGGCCCUGGCUGGGUUUCCCACUCUUCACAACCUGCCGUAUACUGCGCAGCUGAUUGAAGGUUACGGGGUCAACGUCUUCCAGGCGGACAGCAGGAAUCCUAGCAUCGUCGUGACGCUGACUGACACCAGUAUGCGCACAAGCAUAGAGACGUGGAAGGCUAAGCUGGGCCAGCGAUGUUACGUGGGAUAUCCAUUCCUGCAAGAGGCCAGGGUGAUGAGAGUCCAGGACGAGCUGUUCACCUUUGAACUGGCCGAGAACGGAAAGGACAUCAUCACCAAGGACCACACCAACAGAGAAGCUACCGAUUUUUCCAGAGAGGCAGAGCAUCUGGAGAGCUGGUACGCGAAACGUCUGGCAAUCACAGUCGGGCAAGUAGAGUGUCUCGUUCACGUCCACAUGCUCAAGGGAUUGGUUAAGACAGAAGAAGGCGCACUGAUCAAGGAAUACGCGGAGAACCCUAGCUUGCGGAGUACAUAUGCCGCCCAAACGAUUGUUGACGAGGUGUUUAACGAGGACGAACGCUUCAUCGAAAAGGCCGCUCUCCCGGUCGAAGAAGAGUUUCCCGUGGGGACUCGAGCUUUCUUCCUCGGCGACUACGCCUACGGGCGCCCUCUGGAAAUCACAAGUCACAUCGACAACAAGACCGAGAUCAUCGUCUCUGUACUCCGAAACAAGGAGCCGGAUUUCGCCAAGUCGUUAAUUCGCCAAGCUGAGAGCAGGAACCCGUAUACGCCCUCGUUUGCGGUCGCUAAGCAACUCAGAAUGCAUCCUCUAGUGUUGAGCAAGAUCACCUCUUCCUAUCAAGUCACAAACUCGGCAGGCCUCAAGCUGAACCUCGGCCUGAAUUUGAAGUUUGAAGCGCGCAAGCUCAAGGUCCUGGGAUACUCGCGAAAGUCAACCUCGGGCUGGGAGUUUAGCGCCCUCGCCGUCAAGCUGAUCGCGGACUACGUGGUGGCGUUCCCCGACUUUUUCGUCGCAAUCCAGAGGGAGCCUCAGAGAAGCGAGACUUCGGAAACAGACCUGUGGAACGACCCGAGCGUCGCAUCGCAGCGCAUCAAAGACAUUGUUGCGUGGUUGAAAAAGCAGGAGACGGGCAAGUUUGAGAGAGUGCCACUGGAAGCCGAGCAACUCGACUCUGACGUCGUCAUGGAAUUGGCCAAAGUUGGAGAGCAAAUGUCCCAGGCCGCGCAAGAGUUUGCCCCGAAAAAGCUCCGCGGCGUGCCUCGUGCUGCCAUUCUCAAGCCAGCGGACGCAGAGCUCGUGCUCGGCAACCAGACCUUCAGUCUCGGCGACCGGGUGACAUUUGCGGCUGCAUCAGGCAAGGUCCCCAUUGCCACGCGAGGAACGGUCGCAGGAAUCAGUAGAACUGCAACUGCGCUGCUGUUGGAUGUCGUGUGGGACACGCCGUUUAUGAGCGGCACCACUCUGGGCGAGAGAGCGCCAUUGUUCAGAGGUCAGACGGUCGCGUCAACCUCGGUGCUCAACACGACGGACAGGCAGGUCAUAUCCGCGUCGUCCAAAUCUCAGCAGAGGCGAACAGCUGCCACAGCACCGACGGGGCGCGCCGGAUCGAUGGGGAUGCCGCAAUACAGGGAUGCGCCAGCACCCCCUGUCUUGCGAGGUGGGUGGCGUGGUGCCCUCAACGGCGGCGCCAACUCUCCCUCUCGCCACGGAGGUCCCAACCAGCGCGGCGGAGCGCCGCCUCUGCUCCAUAGCACGCUGGUUUAUCGAAACAGCCCCAAUGGCACAACGCCGCCCGGGCAAGGCAAGAACGGGCAAAGUCGCGGAGGAAGCAACGCCAACGAGAGAGGUCGUGGCGGCGGUCGAGGACGAAGCCGCGGCUACUCGGAGGCGGCUCAAAUCCCACUCUCCCGGGAACAGACGCCGAAAUAUGGCAACGUUCCUCCUCCGGCAAACCUGGAAAGCGCUCGUGGCGGACGCGGCAGCCGUAGUCGUGGUCCGGGAGACCGAGGCUUGUAUCACUUUCGGGGCGUCGUUGGGCAGUAUCGGGCGGGGCCGGAUGUCUUGCCGUGUACGCAUAUGGGUAUUGCCGAGGCGUCGUUCUGUCUAUGUCGUGGGUGA